AGACUUAACUAACGGUGGCGUUUCGGGUCCCCUAGAUACAUUUAAUGAUUUCGAUGAAAUGUCUACUACAACUACUACAACAUUCCCGCCUUACACACAUCCCCAAUGGAUUGAACCAUAUUUUGAUCCUACAACACCGCGUAAUGUCACAGCUUUAAUGGGUAAAUCAGCGUAUCUAAGUUGUCGAGUUAGAAAUUUGGGAAAUAAAACAGUCUCAUGGAUAAGACAUCGUGAUAUUCAUAUUUUAACCGUUGGCUCCUAUACAUACACAUCAGAUUUACGUUUUCAGGCAACACAUCAUCACGAUUCAGAUGAUUGGACAUUGCAAAUCAAAUGGACGCAAAAACGUGAUGCUGGCAUGUAUGAAUGUCAAAUAUCCACUCAGCCUGUUAGAAGUUAUUUUGUGAAUCUUAAUGUUGUGGUGCCAACGGCCACCAUCCUUGGUGGACCUGACCUUCAUGUCGACAAAGGCAGUACAAUAAAUCUAACAUGUACAGUUAAAUUUAGCCCGGAACCACCAGCAUAUAUAUUCUGGUAUCAUCACGAGGAGGUCAUUAAUUAUGAUUCAUCAAGAGGUGGCGUAUCGGUGAUUACGGAAAAGGGCGAUGUAACAACAUCAUUUCUGCUGAUACAAAAUGCCGAUUUAGCCGAUUCUGGUAAAUAUUCGUGUGCACCUUCAAAUGCAGAUGUUGCCAGCGUGCGUGUACAUGUACUUAAUGUUCGGCCUAUUAUUUCAGGUGAACAUCCGGAGGCCAUGCAGACAGGAUCAUCCGGUUGCCAAUACAGUUGGCUUACAAUACUCCUGCUAAUGGCCAUGGUAUUUUAUUACAAUCAUCGCUAUAUCAGUUGCAAUCUAACAAAUUGCUUAUUGAAUACCACCUGCCAGAAAUGUCAUAACACCAUCAUCCUCAAAACCACCAUCACCAUCCGCAGCACCACUUCAGCAGCCACAACUGCAACAACUAGAUGCAUACAAUCCAGGGAUAAAAGUUUUAAAACCUGCAAUAAAACCACCGUAACCAACAAUUCCAACACCAUUACCACCUCUAUAACCACUACCACACCAAUCACUCGUCCACAUUGUCAUGAUUGUCAUCAUCUAUUAGCCAACAAUACCAACUUUGACAACAAUUCCUGUAGCCAGGAAUUAGUUUCUACAAGUUGAUAUAAAAAUCAUAUUGAAGAAAUAUUAUUAGAAUAAAAUGAAUAAAAAAUAAAAGUAUAAAUAUGGUAAGAACUGCACUACCAAACUAAAGUUAUAAGAAUUAUACUCGUAAUAACAAAAAUAAAAACUAAUUUGAAUAAAAUUCUUCUUAUUAUUUAUGUUUAGGUCUUUCUUUUAGUUAAUUUUUCAUGGAAAAAAUAAACUAAAAGAAUGAGAAGUAAAACUUUAUAAUCAUAUUGUGAAAUAAGGUAUUAAGGGAUUUGCUCUAUAGUUUUAAUGUAAAAAAAUAUAAGAUUAAAACAUAAAACAAAGUACUGUACAUAUAAAAUAAGACUAGGUUUUGUAAAAUUUUAAAUUUAUAAAAUUUAAAAAACACUAACUUUGAAUGUAAAUAUACACAUAAGUAUAAGCAAACAAAUAGAAUUAUUUAAUAACAAAAACAUUUGUCAUAAAGUCUGAUGAAUAUCGCGACUUAAUUACACCUUCUAAAUAUUUUUAAACGAUCCUUCCUUUAAACACAUUUUAGUACAAAUAAUAAGGUUAUUAC